CGGCCGAAAGAAUCGUCUUGCCGCGCUGCAUUAUGGGUCCCGAGGGCACGUCUUUCUGAGUGCACACUCUCUUCAUACGGACAGAAGAUGGACGCGGGAUUCUUCCGCGGCACGAGUGCAGAGCAAGACAAUCGCUUCAGCAACAAGCAGAAGAAGCUACUCAAGCAACUGAAGUUCGCAGAAUGCCUGGAGAAGAAGGUGGACAUGACCAAGGUGAACCUGGAGGUGAUCAAGCCCUGGAUCACCCAGCGGGUCACGGAGAUACUGGGGUUCGAGGACGACGUCGUCAUCGAGUUCAUCUUCAACCAGCUGGAGGAGAAGAACCCGGACAGUAAGAUGAUGCAGAUAAACCUGACGGGCUUCCUGAACGGGAAGAACGCGCGGGAGUUCAUGAAGGAUCUCUGGCCCCUGCUGCUCAGCGCCCAGGACAACAUCGCCGGCAUCCCCACCGCCUUCCUGGAGCAGAAGAAGGAGGAGAUCAAACAGAGACAGAUUGAGCAAGAGAAGCUGGCCUCCCUGAAGAAGAUGGAUGAAGAGAAGAGAGAAAAGGAGAACAAGGAAAACCGAGAGAAGGAUCAACCCAAAAGUCCCAGAAGGAAGAAGUCCAGGUCGCCGUCACCACGGAGACGGUCGCCGUCACCACGCCGACGAUCGCCAGGGAAACGGGACAGGAAGCGCAGUCAUUCCCGCUCGCCCCGACGCAAGCCUAGCCCCGCCCCCGCCUCCUCGCCCACGCCCGCCCCGCCCAAAACCCUGCAGGAGCCCCUGCCCGAGCCCGACCAAUCACAGAGCGGCCAGCCCCAGCCACUCAUACAGGAGGCCUCCUCCACCAGUGACAUAGUGAAGGAGGGCGGGCCGGACUCGGUGCAGGAGGUGAAGGAGGCGUUCCCGGAGGCGCCGGUGCAGAAGGAGGAGAAGGCACGGCCGCAGCGGGAGAAGGACGGGCGCAGGGACCGGCCCCGGCACCGCUCCCGCUCCCGCUCCAAAUCCCGCUCCCGCUCCCGCUCCCGCCGGCGGCCCCGCUCACGCUCCCGGUCCUACUCGCCCCGGCGGAGACAGAGCCCCCGGCGACGGGGGUCGCCACGGAGACGCAGCCCCCCCAGACGACCCCCCCCUGCCCCCAGACACCGUCGCAGCCGCUCCCCUGCUAGGAGGAGGCGCUCCCGCUCCCCGUCGUCCUCCGGCAGCUCCUCUUCCUCGUCCUCCCGCUCACCACAGAAGAAGAACACCAAGAGGGUGUCCAACACCCCGCCGCGCAAGGCCCACCGCCCCGACCCCCCCGGCAGCCCCCCCCGCAGGCGAGGACGCACCCCCCGCCCCCCAGAUCUCCCCCCCCCCUCAGGUUUGAAACGAAAGCCGGGAGCCAAGAACGAGUCCCCGUCUCCCGCGCCCAAACCGCGCCGGUCGGACCCGUCUGAGUCCGACGAUGACAUCACGGGGGGGAAAGGGGCAGCAGACUCAGUGCAGCAGCGAAGGCAGUAUCGCCGGCAGAAUCAGCAGUCUUCCUCAGAGACCGGAUCUUCCUCUUCCUCUGAAGACGAAGGGCCGAAGAGGCCGGCUGGCGGGGCGGGCUCAGGGCCCGGGGCUGCGGCCCGAAACGGGGAGGUGAAGAGGAGGCACAGCCACUCCCCCUCCUCCCCCAGGAGGCGCCACCGAGACUCCUCCCCCAGGAACGCCGCUGGGAAGAGGUGGCAGUCCCCCGUGCAGAACAGGAGAAGACGGACCCCCUCUCCCCCGGGACGGAGACACCGCUCCCCCUCCCCGCCCCGCCGACGCCGCUCCCCCUCCCCUCCUCCCAGACGCAGGUCUCCCAGCCCCCCCCCUCGCAGACGCUCCCCCUCCCCCCGCCGCUACUCCCCGCCCAUCCAGAGGCGCUACAGCCCGUCCCCCCUGCCCCCCCAGAAGCGCAGAGUUUCGGGGUCCCCCCCGCCCCCCAAACGCCGCGCGUCGCCCUCCCCCGCCCCCAAGCGCCGCGCGGGUCCCCCGCCCCCCCCACCAAGAAGACCAACAGCGCCUCGGCCAGCCCCUCCCCCAACAAGAAGACGGACCCCCUCUCCCCCGGGACGGAGACACCGCUCCCCCUCCCCGCCCCGCCGACGCCGCUCCCCCUCCCCUCCUCCCAGACGCAGACGCUCCCCCUCCCCCCGCCGCUACUCCCCGCCCAUCCAGAGGCGCUACAGCCCGUCCCCCCUGCCCCCCCAGAAGCGCAGAGUUUCGGGGUCCCCCCCGCCCCCCAAACGCCGCGCGUCGCCCUCCCCCGCCCCCAAGCGCCGCGGCUCCCGCUCCCCCAAACGCCGGGGCUCCCCCCCGCCAAAGAGACGCACGCCCCCGCCCGCGUCCUCCUCCUCCUCCCCCCCUCCCCCGGCCCGGUCCCGCAGGAGCCCCGCCCUCCUGCCGCCCCCGUCGGCCUCCACCAAUCGGGCCGGGCGGGACCGCCUCUCCCCCUCCCCCCCCGCGGCCAGGGGGCGUGGCCAGCGCCCCUCCUCCAGCCCCCCCGCCCGCCACGGCCCCGCCUCCACCACCCCGCCCCCCCAGCGGCGGCAGCAGUCCCCGUCUCCUAGCAACAGGCCCAUCCGCCGGGUCUCCCGGACACCGGAGCCCAAGAAGUCCAAGAAGGCGUCCCCCAGCCCCCAGCCCAUGAGGAGGGUCUCCUCCCGCUCCCCGUCAGGCUCCCCGGAACCAGCCGGAAAGAAGCGCCCCGCCCCCGCCUCCGCCUCCCCCUCCCCUUCCCGCUCUGCCAGCGGGUCCCCCGCCCCCCCCACCAAGAAGACCAACAGCGCCUCGGCCAGCCCCUCCCCCAACAAGAACUCAGACACUGAAGCAGGAGGCAAGAAGAAGAAGAAGAAGAAGGAGAAGAAACACAAAAAAGACAAGAAACACAAGAAGCAUAAGAAGCACAGGAAGGAGAAGGUCGCCGUGGUGACCGUUGCCACGGACGACGUCCCGCCGGAGGGCGCAGGGCUGGAGGCAGACCCCGAUUCAGAUCCCAAAAAGGACUCAGACAGUGAAGUAGAAGACAGUUUGGAUGACCUGGAGAAGCACCUUCGGGAAAAAGCUCUGCGGUCCAUGCGAAAGGCACAGACCUCCCCCCCCCAGUCCUGAGAGGGGAGGGGGGGAACCGGGGCGGGGACCACGCACCCUUCCUCUACUUCCUCCUCCUCCUCAUCAUCCUCCUCCGGAAUCUUCCAUUCUUCUUUUUGAGUUUGUCAUGGUGAUCUGGUUGAGCUUCAGAAUGUACAGUGUUUUUUUCUCCCUUGGGGGGGG